UGGAUGGCUGUGGGGAAAAAAACAGGGUUCAGGUCAAGCAAAAUGUCUGGAAUAACCACUGUACUGAAUUCGUUGGAAAAGGAAAUAAGCAUUUUUAUUUUGACAGCAGAAUGUAAGCAUGAGUGAACAAUUUUUUUUGGUAGAUGGUUGUGUUGACUUUGGACUUGAUAAAACACAGUGGACCAACACCAGCAGAUGACAUUGCACUCCAAAUCAUCAUUAGCUGUGGAGACUUCACACUAAACAUCAAGCACCUUGGAUUUUGUGCCUCCUAACUUUUCAUCUAGACUCUGGGACCUUUAUUUCCACAUGAAAUCUAAUAUUUACUUUCAUCUUGAAAAAGGAGUUUGGACAAAGCAAAAACCAAACAGUGGUCCAGUUUUUUUUUCUCCAUAGCCCGGGUAAGAUGCUUCUGAUCUUGUCUCUGUUUGAGGAGUGGCAUGAUACUAGGAAAGCAACAGCUGUAAAUCCAGUUUCCUGAAGACCUCUUUUGCGAGGUGGUUCUUGAUGUACUUACUCCAGCCUCACUCCACUACUUUGAAGCUCUCCAAAGUUCUUGAAUAGGCUUUUCUUGACAAUCUUUUUAUGGCUGCGGUCAUCCCUGUUGCGUGUGCACCUUUUCCUACCCCACUUUUCCCUUCCAGUCAGCUUUCCAAGAAUUUACUUUGAUGCAGCACUUUCAGCGAUGACCUGUGGUUUAUUCACUUUGUGGAGGGUGUUAAUGAUGAUGAUUAUUAUUUUCUGGACAACUGAAUCUGGUGUUCCCCAUGAUUGUGGGUAAAUGUACUGAACUAGACCAAGAGAAAACCACAUUUAGCCCAGCACCAACCUCUAAAUAUGAUUGGAUUGGACCACCAGACAGACUGUCAAACCUGCGGCCAAUCAUAUACCACAUCCCUGAGAACGAGACACAGUUGGAGAGAAAACUGAGACAUCUGAGGCAGGAAACGGAGGACUGGAACCAUGAGUUCUGGACGAUACAGAAUGUCACCUUUAGCAAAGAGAAAGAGGAAUACAUACAGGCACAGCUGAAGGCUAAAGGACUAACGGAAAGAGACGAGAAUGGAAGAAAAAGGAAUUUAACUAGUGAGGAAAUGGCAGCCUUCUACAAAUACUUCUUAGACAAGAACUGUAUAAAACAUGCAGCCUAUAACAAAGAUUGGUACAGACGGAACUUCACCAUUACAAUGCUGAUGGCCAGAGUAACUCUGCAUAAUUUCUGGAGGACAGUAACUGGGCAAGUGAGAAGUAAAGGCAAACCCACAACAAUGUCCAAAUAAAGUCUUUGUCAAUCA